AAGAGGAAAAGCCAUUUAUUUAUUCCUGAAAAGAAAGGAGGUAGGAAAUUAAAAAGCUACUAUACUGCUAGACAUACGAUUUUAAAGAGGAGGAUGCUUUGGAAGACUUUGCUGCUGCUGCUGUUCUAUUACAGUGCUCAUGCCACUGUGACCCACAGAUGGAGCAGAGCUAUGCUUUUCCCAGCUGCUCAGCGAUUCAAGAGGUCCUCAGCUGCCUUCCUUAACCCAGUGCUACAAAACUCGCUGGAAGAUGUGGUCCUGCUUUAUGAGUUUCUUUUAGCUGAGCUUGACAUUGACAAGGGUCAGAGGAUCUCCAUCAAAGAUGAGGAGCUCGCUUCACUGAGGAAGGCUGCCGAGUUUGACACCAUCUGCAAUGAGAUUAUCCCCAAGAGCAUCACAGAAAUCCGCAGGCUGACUAGCAGGUUGUCUUCCUACCCAACGGUCCUCAAGAAAGAAGACUUUGAAAGGACGGUGCUGACCAUGGUCUACACGGCCUACAGGGCUGCUCAGUCCCAGGGGCACCAGAAAGACACUUGGGCUGAAUCCUUUGUCAAUCUUUACAAAGCCCUGAAGCAUGACUUGAUGUUCCCGUACAACGAAGAGUCAUCACAGUGAGAGACGAUGCAAUGGUAACUCAGCCACCUCUUCUGGCUGAUACGGGACACAUGUAGCACGUCCUCCACU